GUACGACCAAUAUAAUUCUGGGAAAUACUUUUAUCUUCUCAACGAGAGAAAACCAACAUAACAUCAUCAACACAAAAAUCCCAAAAUCCAAAGGCAAACCAAAAAGUUGCAGGCAGGACUCGGGAGGGAAUUACCAUGGUAUUCACCUCCAACCCCUUAUCUCUCAGCGUCCCCGACCCUUUCUUCGAGUCAUGGCUCCGCGACAAUGGCUACCCAGAAAUCAUCGACCAGCACACCUCCACCGCCAUCACCACCUCUUCCGCCGCCACCGCUGACGCAGCCUCUAUCACAAACGGCUUCUUCAUCUCACUCUUCUCUCGCAUUUUCACCCUUUUCUCUCUCUUCACCAUUAACCCCUUCUCCAAGCUCACCAACGACGACCUUGCCGCCCAGACGCCGCCGUGGACCACCGCCUUUUUUGGGUCCUCCGAAUCCUACUCUUUCCCUCUCUCUGUUUCGCAGGCUCGCAUGAGGGUCCAGGAGAAUGUCAAGCGCUAUGCUAGAAAUUAUGCUACUUUGUUCGUGCUCUUCUUUGCUUGCUCUUUAUAUCAGAUGCCACUGGCUCUUGUUGGAUUGAUAUCUUGUUUGGCACUAUGGGAUGUUUUUAAGUUCUGUAGUGAAAGGUGGGGACUGGACCAAUACCCAAUAGUUCGGCAGUGCUUAAUUCGUUUUGCUCAAUGUGUAGCUGCGGUUAUUCUGAUAUGUUCAAAUGUUCAAAUGGCUAUCUUCUGUGCUCUUACUGUCAGUUAUGCAGGCAUGAUUCUGCAUGCUGGAUUUCGGAAGCUGACUAGUGCAAAGCAAGCUCCUCGUGGUCGAUCCAAAUAGGCAGGUGGUGUUGCAGUUUAAGCGGAAGGAUUCGCUUAACUUCACGCUUGAGGAAUCUUUUACGCACAAGAGCAGUUGCAUUUUGGAUGCAUCAAUAGUUUCAAACACUGGAGCUAUAUCAGCUUCAAUCUCAUCAUGUUCCAACCCCCAUAUAUAAAUUCGAUUGACCUUUUGGUUUUAUAUAAAGGGUAAUGCUAUCCACACACUUUUACUUCUCACACACUCCUCAUAAUUUUCGGUCGUCGAUUGAACGAAUUGAAGAUCAUCACGGCCGUAAUUAAUAAGGGUGUGUGAGAAGGUAAAAAUGGGUGUGUGAAUGGCACUACGGCUUAGCCUCACUCUAUACAUAGCGUUGAGUUUUUCAAUUAAUGUUCAAAUUGUUGUUUGGCUUAACAGAAUUGGUUUUGGGA